CGUCCUUGUAAAAUGCACAACUACAGGCUACUGUAGGAAUGGUCACUGCCUUCCUUAUGUGUCAUGGGCUGUUGGGAGUUAACCAAGCACUAUCACUGGCUGUGUUCGGGACUCCGGGUAUCUGAUCUGACUUCAUGCCAUCACAGAUCAACACCAGCUCCAAUACACUCGGUGCUUACGAAUGAAGCCCAGUCUUAAAAACGAGUUUCAAGGUUGGCCACAGCACAUCGAAUCCCUCGUGACAGUACUCCACGAUGCAGCCACUUGUCCUGUAUGACAUCGUCUCCAAGCUACCAGGGAAUAACUGGUCGUCCAACCCCGCAAAGCCGAGGUUCGUUUUGAGCUACAAGGAUCUUCCGUUCGUGACCCUCUGGGUCGAAUACUCAGACAUCCCCAUCGCUAUGAAGGCCAUCGGCGCAAAGCCAAACAAACGCCCAGACGGUUCGGACGUCUACACCGUCCCUGUUCUCAGCGAUCCUAACACCGGUGCCCUCAUCACGGAUUCCCUCCAAAUCGCAUCCUACCUAGACAAGACAUACCCCGAGAAGCUCGUCUUCCCAAACAACUCAGAACCCCUGAUACGCGCAUUUGAUUCCGCCCAUUCAAGCCUUCUUCAACCUGCUGUUAAGUUCAUCUACGCACGUUGUACAGAAAUAUUGAGUCCUACCAGUGCCGAAUUCUUCACUAAAGCUCGUUCGGUGUACGUCCCGUUGCCCUGGGAUGUGAGCCGUGAUGCAGACUGGGAGCUACUAGAGAAGGGGUACAAUACUCUGUACGAAUGGUACCAGAAGACUGAUGGGAAGUGGAUCAUGGGCGACACUUUUUCGCAUGCAGACAUCAUUGUUGCUUGUGAUUUGCUGUGGUACAAACGAGUUCUGGAGGAGGAUGAAUGGGCUAGGGUCAGUUCUUGGAACGGGGGGAGAUGGGCCCAAAUCCUUGCAGAUGUUGAGAAGGAGUGUAAAUUGGCUUAGAGGACUACGUAUACUAUACAAUUUAUUUCAGGGACGCUCGGAAGAAUGAUGAAUUCUUUCAAG